AGUAUUGUCUGUCCGCAACACAAAAGAGCAAAUAUCCGCAUCGCAAUUGGACUUUAUUCAAGUUUUGCUAUUUAUAUGCAGUUCAGAACUACUAGCGUAGAACUAAAAGCUCAUAACGUUACUUAGCUUGCGUACAGCGAGAAUGUAAAUGUAUUUUUACUAGGUCUUAAGUAAUCUCUGCUAUCGUAAUUGGCAGUGUUUCGAUUGGGUCAUUGAAAUGUCAACAUAACUUACUCGUGCCUGUACUUCUGCUCCACCCUGUCGUUGCCGGUGAGGACGCUGUACAUGGAUGGCUCUAGAUGUGGUCGAUCCACCCCUUGAUAGGCCUUCUCAAUAUACGUAGGAACCUCUCACCCUCUCAUUGUUGGUGCCCUUUCCUAGUACCCGGUUUUUGAAGAGACAACAUGGUGGCUCGAUAACUCUUACAAGCACUUCAGAGUACCCGUGUACCCAUAGCAUGCCCAUGUACGAAACCCGCUGUUGCUGGAUACGGACAUUUAACUCAUGUGCCUGUAUGCACUCGAUAGUUCAACUUGGAUAGCGUUUUUCUGGGUGUAUCAUGACCCAAAUUUAAUUCUAUCUUACUGCCUGGAAACACGUUGAUGAUCAGCACGCGUGACAGUGAUAACUAGGAGGCUCAAAGUUGAGAGGUGACGGCGCCAGCAGCCCAGCAUGGCUUUGGGUCGACUGAAACAGCGCGCAGCUUCAUUAGAUGCUCUAGAAUGUGCAGAUACCCUCCUGCCGGAAGAAGAUGAGAUUAAUAUUGCCAAGAAAGCCCGUCUUCAGCUUAAAAACAAGCAAACUGUCGUUCUACCUAAGGACUUUACUGACCGAUGGAAACCGGAGGCAACCGCUUUGGACUCGUUGGAAAGUACAGAUUCUCUUCUACCUGAAGACGACGGAAUUAGUGUAAUUAAAAAACACCACCUUCAUCGAGGAAAUAGACAAGCGGCUGCUCCACCGAAAAACUUUGCAGAUAUUUUGGAUGAAGACAGACCGUCUUCCGGAGACUCUGGGAUCUCUUCAGAUCACCAGUCGGGGAGUCAGCAAAGGCUUAGUGUAAGCCAGAUAACUCGGCAAACGUCUACCAAAGUCGCCGAUGAACGUCGAGCGAUUUCGCCAACUCACCUAACCUGUCAAGCUAACAAGGCAGGUCUCAGGCAAGAAAUCGAGCCAGAAACUUUGAUCGCUGUUGACCUAAGCAAAAGUCGUCACGAACUAAAUAUCAGAAAUCAACCGCCGAAAUCGACGCAAAAAUUGCUCAAAAUUAAACUCGAAACUAAUCAUGAUAAUAAAGAGAAUGGCAUAGAGCUAGAGCAUGUACAAUAUCAGAAAUCCCAGAAAACCAGUCGGAAAGGAUGGGAGACCAAUGUACUUCGCGCACUCGCUGUGAGGAAAGUUCAGGGACAUACUGACAGAUCUAAACCAUCCACUGUUAAGGACGAGGAUGAUGCCAAUAUUCGAAAUAGUGAAAGCCCGGAGAGUCUGGACUCAUUGCGUCUGCGCAGGAUUGAGGCUAAUGCACGGGAAAGGUCAAGGGUUCACACGAUUGGAGCGGCUUUCGACGCUUUGCGGCAGGCUGUACCAUCUAACUGCGACCAGCAGAAAUUAUCUAAAUUAGCUGUACUACGUAUCGCAGCAGCGUACAUACGGUCGCUUGCUGCUCUAACUCAAGGAGAUUCUGAGAGUUUCUCCACCGGUGUUAACCAAGUGACGCAGGCGCUUCUCAUGGAUGGUGCACGAACAAAAACGUCCAGAAUCGCGUAAUGCUAAUCUGGUUCACAGUAAAGACGCUUCGUAUUGUAUAUACGCCCAUAUCCUAUAUGUUGUACCAUAUAUGUUGAUAAGUGUAGAGCUCUGCAUGAUGCCUUCCGUUACACCAGAACGGCUAUUUUGUAAAUAAUAAUGGUUGCCCUCGUAAUUGUCAAUGUUGUUUCAACUUGUUAUAUAUAUGUAUAUAUAUAUAUAUAUUAAUAUAUUCGAUACAAAAUAAACGCAGAUUUUGUGGCCCGGUGGUAAUACAGUUCACUACAUGAACCGAGCCUGUAUAAUCACUAGAAUAUAUACGGUCAGCUUGAGUGCUUAUUUCGUUCGUGUACUAUAUCACAUAGUGGAAAGUCAAGCCCAGAUAAAAUUAAAAUGCAGCUGAAAAAGAAAAUGAUUGUCGUUAAAAUAAUAAUAAUAAUAAAUGAUAGCUCUUUUCAUAAUGUUUCGUACAAAAGUAUGUGUACACUUUCCGCCUGGGAGUCUUAAAGCAGGUAUAUAUUUCUAUAGGC